AUGAAUGUUGGUAUGUAUGAUAAACCAAGUAAAGUACAUGGAGUCUACACUGAACGAUAUUCAUUAUGUAAUGAACUUACUUUAUUACCCGAUAUAAAUCGUCACCGUAGACAAAAUUUUCAACGCAUGGACUUUAUCAUUACUGCAUCAGAAAAACUGUCUGAUGAAAAAACGAUAUCAACAAUGUCUCCGUCGCAGCAUCAACAGUCAUCGAUCAUGGACCGAAAGCUGAAUGAACUCGAGUUUCUAUAUUCAAAAAUUCUUCGGGACAUUUUAUUCGAAGAUGUAAGGUCAACACAAAGUGAAAUGGUUGACUUCUGCCGACAAAUAUAUGCUGAUGAUCCAGCAAAAUUAAAUGAGGUCGAAGAAUUUGAAGAAUAUUACACAUCUCAACUUGCUAUAUUUUGGUAUACACGCGACACAUUCCUUUAUCGUCUGCUGAACAAAGCGCUCAGAGAGCGAGACAUCAAAACACUCUACUCGUUAAGAUAUUUUAUUAAAGAUCUUUAUUUAAGAUUGAAGGAACUCCAGAACUCUCAGUCGUCGUCUCGCACAGAAUACAAAGUUUAUCGAGGACAGCUGAUGGACAACGCCGAAUUUGAUACGAAAAUACGAGAUAAUAUCAAUGGCUUCUUCUCUAUAAACAGUUUUCUAUCGACCACUCAAAGUCGAGACUUGGCACUCGUAUAUUCUGGCAGCAGUCAUUCGGAGAAAAUAACUAAUGAACAAUGCGUUCUAUUUGAAAUUUCUAUUGAUAACCGUAUAGAUGAAUCUUCUUAUGCGGAUAUUUCGAAGCAGAGUGCAUUCGGUGAAGCAGAGACAGAAGUACUCCUUACUAUGGGUGUUACCUUUCGAAUAAACUCACUUGUUCAAGACAAUAAUGAACAUGUUUGGAUUGUUCAAUUAGAAUUAAGUGAUGAAAAAGAUAAGCAUUUACACAAAAUUAAACCAACAAUAAUGAAUGAUAUUGCGAAACCAUAUGAACCUUUAGUAAAAUUAAUAAGACUAAUGUGUAGAAUGAGCUUUUUAAAAGAAGCAGAAUAUUUUUCACGAUUAGCUUUAGAAGAUGACUCGAUCACUUCUAAUAUUGAUUUACUGUCGCUAGUUUACUAUCAACUUGGAAUUAUAUAUAAAAGUACUAGAAAAAUUGAUGAAGCAAUGGUAUACUUUGAAAAAACCUUAGACGUGAAACACGAAAAUCAUGUUUUAUUAUCAGAUCCAUCUCUGUCAAAUUUAUACUGCAAUUUGGGAACUGUCUACGAAGACAAAGGCGAAUACGACCGUGCUUACUCUUACCAUUAUUUAGCGUUGAAGGUUCUUCUAAACACUGAAACAAUAGAUCAAGCUGAUUUAGCAAUAAAAUAUAGCAAUAUCGCUUCCAUUUGUCGUAAAAAAAAAGAUUAUCGGCAAUCAUUACAGAACUAUACGAGUUGUUUAGAUAUUGAAACUGAAAUACUUCCGCCUGAUGAUAACAAUCUUUUGAUCACGAAGAAUAAUAUGGGUGUUGUGUACAUCAAGUUAGAAGAUUAUACUGAAGCAAUCGAACUCUUUCAAGAAGUGAUUACAACUAAAGACGAUUCAUCUGAAUACCUAAGCAAUAAUCCGCUUGUAGCACUUAUCUAUUGGAAUUUGGCUUGUGCUUUUUACCAACAAGGACAACUGACAGAAGCUCUUAAACAUUUUAGAAAUUGUGAGAGCACCGCCGCUUUCAGAUUAAAGGGCAUAUUUCAUGAGCGACAAGUGACGGAAUGUAAAGAUUGGAUUCAUCGCAUAGAAGAAGAACUGUCGAAAGAAUCAUUUCACAUAUGGAAGGGAUAUGAACCCGACACAUGGACAGCAUGUCAUCCUUAUAAUAUGAGCUUUACUCUCAACUAG